GCCCCCUCCCCGCCCCGCCUCGGGCUUGGUCCGCUUAAGUCAUAACACUGCCCGGCUACCUGGGCGCGCCGGGCCGGGCAGCUGCGGGCCCGGCGCCGGGUGGCGGCGCUGAGGGGUCGCCCAGAAGAAUUCAGCGGCGUCUGUUGGAGCCGUUCCCUCGGUGUGCCGCCGGCGAGGGCAUGAGCGCGGACUCCCUCUGCCUCCCGAGCGGCGGCGGCGGGAGCGGCGAGGGGAGGAGGCGCCGCGCAGAGGCCACCGUCCAGGGCAUCGCCGGGGGACAGCAGGGCAGGAGAUGUGCCUGUCCUUAGCGGCACAGGAAGCAGCAUGCACCCCGAUGCCACCGACAGCAGCGGCGCCGGCCUCGGCCCCGCGCCGACCGUGGGAGCCCCGGGUGAGCGGCGGCCGGAGCUCAGGGAUGAUGCGGCGGCCCCAAGGGGACCGCCUGGCGGCGGGAGCCGGCGGGUGCCAGUGGUCGUGGCCGUACUCGCCGCUGUGUCCCUCUCCUACCUGGGGCCCGGCUACUGGCAGGGGGCAGGAGGCGCGGGGCCGUGCACCGUCCUGCUCAGGCUCAGCUUGUACCUGGGCUGCGCCGCGGCCGCCUUCCUGCUGGGGACCCUGUUCUCCCUCGUCUUCCGGAGCCCCCGAGCCCCGCCGCCCGACUUCGCCGCCGCCUGGAGACGCCUAGCCGCGGCCGCCAGCCGCCAGCCCGGGAGUCCUGUGUAUGGAAACUCACAUGAGUCACUUCAGUCUAGAAGGGUAGUAAUUUCUCAUAAUAUGGAUAAAGCUCUAAAAGAAGUGUUUGACUACAGUUACAGAGAUUACAUUCUGUCCUGGUAUGGAAACCUCAGCAGGGAUGAGGGGCAGCUUUACCACCUGCUCUUGGAAGACUUUUGGGAGAUUGCCAGGCAGCUGCACCACAGACUGAGCCAUGUGGAUGUGGUGAAAGUCGUCUGCAAUGACGUCGUGAGAACUUUGCUCACUCACUUCUGCGACCUGAAAGCGGCAAAUACCAGGCAAGAAGAACAGCCGAGGCCUUUUGUGUUGCAUGCUUGCUUGAGGAACUCAGAUGAAGAAGUAAGAUUCCUACAAAUGUGUUCUCGGGUUCUGGUGUUUUGUCUCCUCCCCUCAAAGGAUAUCCAGUCUCUCAGCUUACGUAUAAUGCUUGCAGAAAUUCUCACAACAAAAGUCUUGAAGCCAGUAGUGGCGUUACUUAGUAAUCCAGAUUACAUUAACCAGAUGCUCCUUGCCCAGCUGGAGCACAGAGAACAGAUGAACGAACAUCACAAGAGAGCCUACACCUACGCUCCUUCUUAUGAAGAGUUCAUCAAGCUUAUUAACAGCAACUCUGAUGUUGAGUUCUUGAAGCAACUAAGGUAUCAAAUUGUAGUGGAAAUAAUCCAGGCAACUACAAUUAGCAGCUUUCCCCAGCUGAAGAGGCACAAGGGUAAAGAAACUGCUGCAAUGAAAGCUGAUCUCCUGAGGGCCAGGAACAUGAAAAGGUACAUUAACCAACUGACUGUGGCCAAGAAGCAGUGUGAGAAGAGAAUCAGAAUCCUGGGAGGCCCUGCCUAUGACCAGCAAGAGGACGGGGCUUUGGAUGAGGGGGAUGGGCCUCAAAGCCAGAAGAUUCUUCAAUUUGAAGAUAUCUUGGCCAAUACUUUCUACCGAGAGCACUUUCGAAUGUACAUGGAAAGGAUGGACAAGAGGUCUCUGAUUAGUUUUUGGGAGUCUGUGGAAUAUUUAAAAAACGCUAACAAGGUAAAUGAAAUUCCACAAUUAGUGGGUGAAAUUUACCAGAAUUUCUUUGUGGAAAGCAAAGAAAUACCUGUGGAAAAAUCACUCUACAAAGAAAUUCAGCAAUGUCUUGUAGGAAAUAAAGGUAUUGAAGUGUUCUUCAAAAUCCAGGGAGAUAUUUAUGAGAUCCUAAAGGACAGAUACUACCCUUCAUUCAUUGUUAGUGACCUGUAUGAGAAAUUGAUAGUCAAAGAGGAAGAAAAACAUGCCUCACAGUUGAUUUCUAACAAGGAUGAAGUGAACUCGGGAGGUGAGGCUGGUGAGGAAUCCGUGGAUGAAGGCUCCACUCAGAUUAAUGAACAAGCCAGUUUUGCUGUAAACAAACUACGAGAGCUAAAUGAGAAACUUGAAUAUAAAAGGCAAGCUCUAAAUUCUAUUCAAAAUGCACCAAAACCUGACAAGAAGAUUGUUUCCAAGUUGAAGGAGGAAAUAAUUCUAAUAGAGAAAGAACGCGCAGACCUUCAGCUGCACAUAGCAAGAACAGAUUGGUGGUGUGAGAACCUUGGAAUGUGGAGAGCCUCCAUCACCAGUGGAGAGGUAACAGAAGAGAAUGGUGAGCAAAUGCCCUGUUACUUUGUCAUGGUAAGCUUACAAGAAGUUGGAGGAGUUGAAACUAAAAACUGGACAGUCCCCAGAAGGCUCAGUGAGUUUCAGAAUUUACACCGGAAACUUAGUGAGUGUUUCCCGUCUUUAAAAAAAGUCCAGUUGCCUUCUCUCAGCAAGCUGCCUUUCAAAUCUAUAGAUCAGAAGUUUAUGGAAAAGUCAAAGAAACAAUUAAAUAAGUUUUUACAGAAUCUGCUUUCAGAUGAAAGACUAUAUCAGAGUGAAGCACUUUAUGCCUUUUUGAGCCCUUCUCCUGACUACCUCAAGGUUAUUGAUGUGCAGGGGAAAAAACCCACUUUUUCAUUAUCCUCAUUUUUGGAAAGACUUCCUCGUGACUUCUUCUCCCAUCAGGAGGAGGAGAUAGAGGAGGACAGCGACCUGUCAGAUUAUGGUGAUGAUGUGGAUGGGAGGAAAGACGCCUUGGCUGAACCAUGUUUCAUGUUGAUUGGGGAGAUUUUUGAACUCCGAGGAAUGUUUAAAUGGGUGAGAAGAACAUUAAUUGCUCUUGUUCAGGUCACUUUUGGAAGAACCAUCAACAAACAAAUUCGGGACACAGUGAACUGGAUUUUCAGUGAACAAAUGUUGGUUUACUACAUCAACGUUUUCCGGGAUGCUUUUUGGCCAAAUGGGAAAUUGGCCCCACCAACCAAGCUCAGAAGUGAAGAACAAAGUCAGGAAACAAAACAGAGAGCUCAGCAGAAGCUACUUGAAAACAUCCCAGAUGCUCUUCAGAGCCUUGUUGGACAGCAGAAUGCCCGUCAUGGUAUAAUAAAAAUAUUCAAUGCACUGCAAGAGACAAGAGCCAAUAAGCAUCUAUUAUAUGUGCUGAUGGAACUGCUGCUAACUGAAUUGUGUCCUGAGCUGAGAGCUCAUUUAGAUCAACUUAAAACUGGUCAAGUUUGAGACUGCACAAAUAAACCACCAGAGAAAUGUCUGUAAUCAUAGACAUGAAACAUUUUCCUCUUUUCCACAGAGGGCUUGACUGAGAACAAUAUUAUUUUAGUUACCUCUCUAGUUUUAUGUGAAGUAAGAAGAAUGGCGGUGGGGGGGCGGGGUAGGGAGGGGAUUUGACGCUGUAGUAGGCAACAGGAAAAAAACACUUCUGUUAAUAAUUGUUUUUUAUUUUAAUAAGAAUAUAAAUACUUUCAAGUUCAACAUCCUGAUUGAAAUACAAAUGUUAAUAUGUGAUAAGAGCCUAGAAAAAUAUUUUAAAUAUUUAUGAAAACAGUUUUGUUUUAAAAUGAAGAUCUAUGAAUAUUGUACAGUUAAUUUCCUCACUGAGGAUUACGCACAUUCCUAUAUUAUCUCGUGUGUAUUGAAGAACAUUGUUGUGCAGUGCUUUGUGUAAAGUUAUUGUGAAAAUUUUAUUGUCUUUAUUUUUACCAAAGAUUUCCCAUAGUUUGAAGCAUUUGAAGCAAUAAAAUAUAAAAAUGAGUCAUAGAGCUCUAUGAUGUUUAAGAUGCUUGUAUCUCAAAAAAAAAGGUUUUCAAA